UUGGACGUAAGGUUCGGUUACUCCUUUUUCUUGUUUCUUCCUUUCCUGCUCCAUAGCGUGGCUUCAUUGGAUAGGUGGUUAUGGGAUGCCAACCUUUCCAGGCCGCAGAAGAAAUAAUUUACCACGACAGUUCAACAUCCAUUGGGCAAAUGGGUGCCGUCCAACCACUGGCACCGUCAGACACCGACUCGCAUUUCGCAAAGUGCCUUCUGCGGCUUGGAUUCAUCUGGCUGCUGGUCCAAUGACCAGUGCCCAAUCUCACACCUUUUCAGGGGCUCCUCUCAGAGCUCCUCGUUUCCGAGCUGCAGCAGAGAUGAGUCUGCGAAGGAAGUGUAUGCAGUAA